GUUCGGUUUGUGAAGAAUGUGACUUCCUGGAAGGAAAUGAAACCAGGAUUUUACCAUGGACAUAUAUCUUAUUUGGACUUUGCAAAAUUUGGUGUUAAAAAGAAACCAAUUUACAUAAAUGUUGUAAGAGAUCCUAUAGAACGACUAGUCUCUUAUUACUACUUCCUGCGCUUUGGAGAUGAUUACAGACCAGGGCUACGGAGGCGAAAACAGGGGGAUAAAAAGACCUUUGAUGAGUGUGUGGCAGCCGGAGGUUCAGACUGUGCUCCAGAGAAACUUUGGCUUCAAAUUCCUUUCUUCUGUGGCCACAGCUCCGAAUGCUGGAAUGUGGGAAGCAGAUGGGCUUUGGAACAAGCCAAAUACAAUCUGAUUAAUGAAUACUUCCUAGUGGGAGUUACUGAAGAGCUUGAAGACUUCGUUAUGUUAUUGGAGGCAGCUUUGCCCCGGUUCUUCAGGGGUGCCACAGAACUGUACCGGACAGGAAAGAAGUCUCAUCUUAGGAAAACAACUGAGAAAAAACUUCCCACAAAAGAAACUAUUGCCAAGCUACAACAGUCUGAAAUCUGGAAAAUGGAGAAUGAGUUCUAUGAAUUUGCACUGGAGCAAUUUCAGUUUGUCAGAGCACAUGCAGUUCGGGAAAAAGAUGGAGAAUUGUAUAUUCUGGCUCAAAACUUUUUGUAUGAAAAGAUUUACCCUAAAUCAAACUAAGAACAUUUUACUGUUAGAUUUAUGGGUGUAAAUCUUUGAUCACAUUGUCAUCUUAGUCCUCAGCCAUGGAAACCAGAUUGCUCAUAAACCUCCAGGACAUAUCUUUAUAGAUCUGAGAAAAGUGGGCUGUGGAUCACCUCCAGGGUGUUGGAUAUUGGCUAACUAUGUUGGUAAUCCAGAAGCAAAGGCUUAAUUUCUUUUAUCUAAUUUUUUCAGUGGGAGUUCAUGUCCUUUACCUGAAGAAAUCUACACUUUAAUUUGGAGCAAAUAAUACACAACAGUUCUAAUUGAAAAUAUAAACAAAAAGUGCUUCUGUUCAUGCUGUUUUUAGUUUUCAGAACAAUUUCUUUUCAGUGAGGAGGAAAUACUUUUUCCACAGCUUUCAACAUGGAAAUUUUGGUUGUCUACAAUAUGAGUAGUGUUAAUAACUGAUUGACAUCUGUACUUUGUUUUUGUGAAUCAUGUCACAUGAGAUUGAUUGGGAUGGUUAAUCAUCUUCUGCUGAGAAAUGCUGCUGCUGCUGGAAUUGCCCAUAUCUAUAUACGUGAUUUUAUUUAAAAAUUGCAACCAAUCA